GGUGCGGGCGAUGCCGGCUGCGCAAAGAGCGUGCGCGCCGCGUGCGUCCGAGAAGGGAGGCGGAGGCGUCGGCCACGGCGGCACACGGGCAGGAAGGAGACUCUUCUGCUUUGCCUUCGAGAAGACUCACCGGCACUUGGCAGCCCCCCCACCCCCCGCGCCGCACUCCCUCCUUCCAAGGGAGGGUGCGCGUCUCAUUGCUCCCGAACUAGUUUUGUUUGCGUUGCGGGAAUGUCGCGGUUGGUGCGCGCGCCGCGCGUCACCGCAGCCGACGAGCGACUCGCGACGGCGACGAGGUGCUGCUCCUCCGGACGCGCGUGAGGAGCGAAGCCGGCGGCAAGAAGGCAAACAAGUGCUCGACUUGGCGUUUUGGCAGCCCCGUUGUGGACUUUCUCUUGCUCCGUGUGACUUGGGGGGGUUUGAGCAGCCCCCCCCCCCCCCUUCCGCCAACCCGAAGCGCCCAACAACAAGCAGCGUGUGUGGACCAAGACGGGAUAUCCGACGCCCCUUGAGUGGAACGACAAGCCCGAGUCGCCGGGUGACCAACACCCCCCCCCCUUCCGCCUCUCCCUUCCUAUUUCCAAUGGAUGCUCUCGAUUUUGUGGACUGUAUUUUUGUCCGUUUUUACGCGGAGUAAAGCUGCACGACCCCCCCUCACCCGCUGCGCCGAACUGGUGGAUUUGCGCUCCACUCGUGGAUGUUUUAAUAUGCGAGAAUGAGUCCACUCGCGUUUAUCCUGCUGGCUGGAUUAUUGAGCUUUCAAGUUGAUGGAUCCCGCCUGCGCCAGGAGGACUCGCCGCCCCGGAUCGCGGAGCACCCGUCCGACCUGAUCGUGUCCAAAGGCGAGCCGGCCACCCUCAACUGUAAGGCGGAGGGCCGGCCCACGCCCACCGUGGAGUGGUACAAGGACGGCGAGCGGGUGGAGACGGACAAGGACGACCUGCGCUCGCACCGCAUGCUGCUGCCCAGCGGCUCGCUCUUCUUCCUGCGCAUCGUGCACGGCCGGCGGAGCAAACCCGACGAGGGCGCCUACGUCUGCGUGGCCCGCAACUACCUGGGGGAGGCCGUCAGCCGCAACGCCUCGCUGGAAGUCGCAUUGCUGCGCGACGACUUCCGGCAGAACCCGACCGACGUGGUGGUGGCGGCGGGCGAGCCGGCCAUCCUGGAGUGCGUUCCUCCCCGAGGUCACCCCGAGCCCACCAUCUACUGGAAGAAGGACAAAGUGCGCAUCGAGGACAAGGACGACAGAGUCACGAUCCGCGGAGGGAAGCUGAUGAUCUCCAACACAAAGAAAAGCGACGCCGGCAUGUACAUUUGCGUGGGUACGAACAUGGUGGGAGAGCGGGACAGCGAGACGGCACAAGUCACCGUGUUUGAGCGACCGACCUUCCUUCGCCGGCCUAUCAACCAGGUGGUGUUGGAGGAUGAGACAGUGGAGUUCCGCUGCCAGGUGACCGGAGACCCCCAGCCCAACGUUCGCUGGAGGAAGGACGAUGUGGACGUCCCUCGCGGGAGGUACGAAAUCAAGUACGACAAGGACGACUACGUGCUGAGGGUGAAGAGGGCGUCGGUUAGCGACGAGGGCACCUUCAGCUGCGUGGCGGAAAACCGCGUGGGCAAGCUGGAGGCCUCCGCCACCCUCGUCGUCAGAGCCGCCCCGCAAUUCGUCAUCCGUCCGAGGGACCAGAUCGUGGCCCAGGGACGCAGCGCCACCUUUCCGUGUGAGACCAAAGGCAACCCUCAGCCUGCGGUAUUUUGGCAGAAGGAAGGAAGUCAGAAUUUGCUGUUCCCCAACCAGCCGCAGCAGCCCAACGGCCGCUUCUCGGUGUCGCCCGGCGGCGCCCUCACCAUCGCCUCGGUGCAGCGGGCCGACGCCGGCUACUACAUCUGCCAGGCGCUGACCGUCGCCGGCAGUAUCCUGGCCAAGGCGCAGCUGGAAGUCACCGAUGUCCUGUCGGACAGACCGCCGCCCAUCAUCCGCCAGGGGCCCUCCAACCAGACGUUGGGCGUGGACGGCGUGGCCCUGCUCAAGUGCCAGGCGUCGGGGGAGCCCAUCCCUUCGGUCAGCUGGCUCAAGGACGGCGUCAGUCUGCUGGGGAAAGACCCCCGCAUGUCCCUGCAGGAAUUAGGCAGCCUGCAGAUCACCAACGUCAAGCUGUCCGACUCGGGCAUCUACACGUGCGUGGCCACCAGCUCCAGCGGAGAGACUUCAUGGAGCGCUUUUCUUGAGGUCAAAGAAGCUGGCGGCGCAGCGCUCCCAAAGAACCAUGACGACGCCGACCUCCCGGGCCCGCCCUCCAAGCCGCAGGUGACCGACGUCACCAAGAGCAGCGUGUCCCUGUCCUGGCAGGCCGGCUUGGCCGGCGCCUCGCCCGUCGGCUCCUUUGUCAUCGAGGCCUUCAGCCAGUCGGUGAGCAACAGCUGGCAAACGGUGGCCGAUCACGUGCGGACCACCCAGUUCACCGUCAAGGGUCUACGGCCCAACACCAUCUACCUGUUCAUGGUCCGAGCGGUCAACGGCCAGGGCGUGAGCGACCCGAGUCCCAUGUCGGAACCUGUCAGAACGCAAGACAUCAGUCCUCCGGCUCAGGGCGUGGACCACCGGCACGUGCAGAAAGAGCUGGGCGAGGUCAUCGUUCGCUUGCACAACCCUGUGGUGUUGAGUCCUACGGCCAUCCAGGUCACGUGGACGCUGGAUCGCCAGUCGCAAUUCAUCCAAGGCUACCGAGUUCUAUACAGGCAGACGUCGGGGCUGCCCUCGCCGGGACACUGGCGGACGCAGGACGUGAAGGUGCCGUCGGAGCGUAGCGCCGUCCUUUCGUCUCUGAAGAAGGGCGUCGUGUACGAGAUCAAGGCGCGGCCUUACUUCAACGACUUCCAAGGCAUGGACAGCGAAUCCAAGACGGCGCGGACCACCGAGGAAGCUCCCAGCGCGCCCCCUCAGCAGGUUACCGUCCUCACCGUUGGAAACCAGAACAGCACUUCGAUCAGCAUCUCCUGGGACCCCCCUCCGCCGGACCAUCAGAACGGUAUCGUCCAAGAGUACAAGAUCUGGUGCCUCGGGAACGAGACGCGCUUCCACGUCAACAAGACGGUGGACGCCGCCAUUCGCUCGGUGGUGGUGGGCGGGCUGCAGGUGGGGGUGCUGUACCGCGUCGAAGUGGCCGCCAGCACCGGCGCCGGGGUGGGAGUGAGGAGCGAACCCCAGUCCAUUAUUAUUGGCAAGGCCAUCCAGGACGUGAUCAUCCACGGCAACCGCAACAACAGCAUCACGGAGCAGAUCACCGACGUGGUCAAGCAGCCCGCCUUCAUCGCCGGUAUCGGGGGCGCCUGCUGGGUCAUCCUCAUGGGCUUCAGCAUCUGGCUCUACUGGCGCAGGAAGAAGAGGAAGGGCCUGAGCAACUACGCAGUUCAGUCCUUCACCUUCACCCCUGCAGUGACGUUCCAGAGAGUCGACGGUGGCCUGAUGAGCAAUGGGAGCCGGCCAGGCCUACUGAACGCCAGCGACCCGGGCUACCCCUGGUUGGCCGACUCCUGGCCCGCCUCCAGCUUGCCCGUCAACAGCACCUCCGGGGGACCCAACGAUCUCGGCAACUUUGGCCGGGGAGACAUCCAGGGGGACAAGACGGGCACCAUGCUGUCGGACGGCGCCAUCUACAGCAGCAUCGAUUUCACCACCAAAGGCAACUACGGCAGCCCGGGCCAAGCGUCGCAGGCCACGCCUUACGCCACCACUCAGAUCCUGCACUCGGGCAGCAUCCACGAGCUGGCCGUGGAGCUGCCCGAGGCCCAGUGGAAGGCCUCGCUCCAGGCCAAGCAGGAGAUGGCCAACCUGGGCUACUCGCUGCCCGACAAGAACUCCUGCAACAACACCCUCCUUUUCAUUCCCGACUACCGACUGACCGACGGGCUGUCUAAUCGAAUUCCGCACAACCACUCGCAAGAUUUCAGCACCACCAGCUCUCACAACAGCUCAGAGCGAAGCGGCAGCCUCUCAGGUGGCAAAGGAGGAAAGAAGAAGAAGACCAAGGCCGGUUCCAAAGCCCCGAAAGCCACCGGCUCCACCUGGGCCAAUGUUCCCUUACCCCCUCCCCCCAUCCACCCGCUUCCGGGCACCGACAUGGACCACUACCCCAACGAGCACCACGAAGCAGGAGGAUACGAGGGCGACGGCUGGGGUCCGCCGAUGCCGGUGCAGACGUACCUCCACCAGGGCAUGGAGGACGAGCUGGAGGAAGAGGAGGAGCGGGUGCCCACCCCGCCCGUCCGCGGGGUGGCCUCCUCCCCGGCCGCCGUCUCUUUCGGCCAGCAGUCGACGGCCACCCUCACACCGUCGCCGAGGGACGAGAUGCAGCCCAUGCUGCAGGCCCAUCUGGACGAGCUGACGCGAGCCUACCAAAUGGACGUGGCCAAGCAGACGUGGCACGUGCAAGUGGGGUCCCUUCCCCCACAGGCCCCGGCGCCUCCGGUAGGCUACGUGUCAAGCACAAUGGUGUCCGACCUGGAGACGGACCUGGCGGACGAGGACGACGAGGAAGAUGACGACGAGGAAGACGAAGGCUACGGGGCCAGGCAUCCCCGAGGAAUCGAGCACACGCCGGGUUCCAGCAUGGACAACCUGGACAGCUCUUUGACGGGCUCCAUGGCCAACGGCUGGGGCUCGGCCUCGGAGGACGAGCGCAAUUUCUCCAGCCGGCGCUCCAGCGUGGCCAGCUCGUCGGACGGCUCCAUCUUUACCCACUGCAGCUUUGCGCAGGCCCUGGUGGCCGCCGCCGACAAGGCGGGCUACCGGCUGGACGGCACCAGCCUCAGCAAGCGCGGUCGCUGUAAAAGAGACAAAGGCGUGCCUCACAGGCAGCGGCCCGGCAGCCCGUUCUCCACAGAUGGCAGCACAGUGGGAACGCACAGCCUGGGCCACCAGAGGGCCGCCAGGCCGCCGCGCAAACCCCGCAACCAGGCCUCGGCGCCCCACCGCAGAGACGCUGCUGCGGACGACCUACCUCCCCCUCCCGAGCCCCCGCCCGGCCAGGGCCAGGCCCGAGCCCAGACAGGCCGCUGCAUCGGCAGCAUGAUCCCGCCUCCGGAGAGGAAGGCCACGUCGCUGGAGCGCCCGCCCAUGUCGGGACCGCCGUCCGGAACGGCGGACGACAGGCAGAUGGCGCGCGCCACCCUGGAGCAUCACCGCCAGGCUCAGGAGCGGCUGGGCUCCGACGACGCCCGGCGAAUUCACAAAAAUGAGGAGGGCUGCCUGCCGUACCACCGACCGUCCUUCCCGUCGCCGGGCGGCCACAGCUCGUCGGGCACGGCCUCCUCCAAGGGCUCGACGGGGCCCCGCAAGCAGGAAGGCCCGCGCCAGCCGCAGCAGUGGACGGCCAUGGAGCACGCCGACUUCCUGGGCGCCAACGGACAAGGGCAGUACUCAGGAGAGCUAUAGUGUUUCACCUGGAUGAGAUCUUCAAAAAAAAAAAAGUAAUGGUUGAGUCCCCCCGCCCCCAUUUUGUCAAGGGCAACGACGACUGUCAACCGGAGCGGCGGGCUGUCGGAAGUGUACAUGGAAGUGUCCGCGUAUGAUGUAUAGACACAGACAUAUUGUACAUCUCACUAUGGUUUUUGUCUUUGAGGAAAAUUUGGACUGUGUGGUUUUUUUUUUGUGUCCAACAAAGCACACAAUUUCCGGUGAGCGCCCUUUUCUAACCUCAACUUUCCUUGUAAAUAUCUUCUUUUAACUUGCUGUUGCUAUGCAAGCCUCCAACAGUUUUUUUGGUUUGUUUUUUUUGUUUUAUUAUUGUACUAUAUGUGAAUGGUGUGGCUGCUGUGCCAUAAAAUUGUCAUUUUUUCCCCCCGAAAGAAUCUGUUAAUAGUCACUAUUAAUUAUUGUAAUAUUAUUAUAAUUAUUGUUUAGUUUUUUUUUUUGCACUGCAACUUUUGGUGAUAAGCACAAAAAAAGACCAUAGCUCCUGCUGACAUGAAGGUGAUGAUGUGAAGAGGAGUUUCUGUACUAUAAAGAGAAGACGAAGAGAAUUAUAUCGUGCAAAAUGUACAGAGAUGUCUUGUUUAAAAAAAAAAAAAAAAAAAUUGGCGAGGCAGCCAGGAAACUCGAAGAGGAAACUGUCACUUUAACGCAACGAAUUAUUCAUUUGGGAGUUGUUGUUUUUUUUUUGUUUUUAAUGCAGUUUUGAACGAUUUGACCACACUGAUGUGGUGUUUCGGCACUUGCGCAAAUGUGGAGCGUCCAAUUGUUUACAUGUCAAUUUGAUUUUUUGGAAUGAAUAUUUUGGGUUUAUUUUUACGGAGCACUUGACCGCUUUGCUCCUCAACUGAUGUUCAGUCGCCCUCAUCCGAGAGACGCCCGUCUGCAGUUGUGACGAGGUUUUUUGGGAAGUGACAUGUCUCUCACACACACACACACACACGCACGCAUGCACGCAGCUGUUUACCGACUACUAAAUUGUGCUGCUUUUUACCAGUUUUUAUCUUUCUUGAAAGAUUCAUGUUCUGAUAUAUUUUUUUUCUUUUAUCACAACAAAAGUCAUUUGUCAAAUUGGAAUAAUUCAAAAUAAAACGUCUAAUUCACGGAAAUGUUUGUAGUUGUAAUUUUUCAUUGAUUAAUAUUCAAAAUAAACUCCAAGAAUUCUUAAGACUUAGAUUUUUGUUGUAAUAUUGCACUUUUAUUCAUUGAACUUAAAAAAAAAAGUACUUCUAGUUGCUAUUUUAUGCCCCUAUCCUUGAAAAUUGUUUUUAAUUUUCCUCAGCUGAAUUUUACAAGAAAAAUCUGUAAUAUUUUGACAAAAGCUUAAAAAUACCCAAUGGGAAUCAAGUUGCAAUUUUCGUCCAAUCAAGUUGUAAUAUGGGGCAAAAUAUUGCGAGGCUAAACUUGUCACUUUUUAUGGUCUUCCUUUAAGAAGCUUCCAAUUCUGCAGACACACACACACACACGGCAUCAGAUGAUGUUGUGCUUGUUUCUUUGCCUUCGACCAAAUAUCUGCUGCUCAACAUUUUUUGUGCUUUGAUCAUUUCUUUUGUGUUUUUUUUUUUUUGCUGUUAAAGGGUUGCGAGGUUGUCGUGACGUCACUUCAUUCAUUUCAAUGGGCACAGAGGCCAGUGUUUUCUGGAAAUGAGGUGCAUGAGAGUAUCUCAGGUUCUUUUACAUUCUGCUGGUGUUGAUGUAUAUACGUGUAUAUUUAUAUCUGUAUAGACAUUCUAUCCAGAAUGCGGUGCCCCACAUUCAGACAAAAAAAAAAAAAAAAGACCAAA